CAGCGGCGAGGGCGACAGGACGCCCGAGAGCACUAGGUCCCACGCCGCCGGAAAAGGCCGCAGGGGCCCUGCCCGGCUCUGCGGGCGGCCGGGAACCGCGGCCGUUACCUCAGCGCGGCCCGCCCGCGCAGGCCCCGUGCCGCCAUUGGCUGCCGCCGGCGGGGUGUGAGGGGGAGGCCGCGGCGCGCCGCGGGGAGGCGCGGAGCGGUGCCGGGCGGGCGCGCCCGCGUAGGCCCUGCCUGCCCUGUCCUGCCGUGCCCGGCCCGGCGCGGAGCCGGAAGCCGCGCCGAUGAGUUGUGUGCGCCGCUUGCCUGCGCGCUUGGCGGGGGGUGUCGGGAGCCCCGCGCUGUGGCUAGGUGUCCGCAGCGCAAAGCGGCGCCUGGAAAGUUUUGUUUGCGUGCGUGCGGGCUGCGAGCGGCGGCCCGGGCUGGGAUGCGGGGCCCGGGGCCCAGCUGCCCGCCGCUUCCCGCCGCACCGCGGCUGCCGGGGCUGGCGUAGGCGCCCCCUGGGAGAGCCGAGUGCGGGCAUUAAACCCCCCUCCCUCCUCCCCGCCGCCCUCCUCCGCCCCCCUCCGUCCGUCCCUCCCUCCCUCGCUCUCUCCCUCCCUUCCUCCCUCUCCCCGGUGCGCGGCCAUUGCAGUGACCCCGGCCGGCCAAGGAUGAUCACGAACACGCGGGGCUUCCUGUGGUCGGACCUGGAGACGCGGGCGCUGCUGGAGAUCUGGGGCGAGGCGGACGUGCAGUCGGCGCUGGACGGCAACUUUCGGAACAGCCAUGUGUACCGGGACGUGGCCUGCCGCCUGGCCGAGCUGGGCUUCGAGCGCACCCCCGAGCAGUGCCGCAUCCGCAUCAAGGGCCUCAAGCGCCAGUAUUACCAGGCCCGGGACGGGCUGAAGAAGAACGGGCACGCCCGCAAGAUAUGCAAGUACUACGACGAGAUGGACCGGAUCCUCAGCUGCCGGGGGGGGCCCGACGGCGCCUCCGAGCCGCUGGCCCCACCGCCCGAUGGCGCCCAGCCGGCGGGGCCGCUCGCCGGGCCGCCCACGCCGGGCACGCCGCACAACAGCCGCGAGGUGGAGGCCGAGCUGGACGAGGACGCCGAGCUGGAGUCUCCCCGCGACAACUUCACCGAGGACUCCGGGGAGUGCUCCUCCUACGCCGACCACCCCAUCAAGGUGGAGUGCCCUCCCUUCGCCAUCCCCGUGCCGCCGGGCGACGGCUUUAAAGAAAUCAGUGCUCCAACUAUUACCCCACCUCUCAAUCAGCCCAAAAGAUCAAAAAAACGCCAUGCAAAUUUAACCUUGGAUAAAAUGAUGGAAAAAUUCCUGCAGCAGAGCGUGGAUACAGAAGAGAAAUUUUACCGGUACGAAGAGCAGAGGCUCAAAAUUGAGGACAAACGUCGGGAAGCUGAGCAUGCUCGAGAGCUCCAGAUGUUACAGAUGUUGGGACAGAUGUUGGCAGGAAUUUCUUCUACGGUAUCACAAAGGUCACAAUCUAUACCAGCGAGUCCACCUCAGAGAGCGAACCAUCGUUCAUAUGGGGAUAACUUUAAUUAUAAUGCUAUGACAGCAGCACUUUCUCCGCCGAUAGUUAUAGAGAGAGCUUUUUCACUGCACAGAACACACUCUCUAAAGGAUAUGGAGAACAUUUUUCAACUGGUGCGCAAUGUUAUCCCCCCUCUAACAGGGAAAAGGCAUAAAGGUCAAGAUGGACGUAUAGGCAUUGUUGGAGGAUGUCAAGAAUACACUGGAGCACCGUAUUUUGCUGCAAUUACAGCUCUCAAAGUGGGUGCAGAUUUAUCCCAUGUGUUUUGUACCAAAGAUGCAGCAACAGUAAUCAAAUCAUAUAGUCCAGAGCUGAUUGUUCAUCCAGUUCUUGAUAGUCCCAAUGCUGUCCAUGAGGUGGAAAAGUGGUUACCACGACUGCACUCAGUUGUCAUAGGACCUGGCUUAGGUAGAGAUGAAGUUCUACUUGAGAAUGCUAAGGGUAUUAUAGAAAAAUCAAAAGUGAAAGGAAUUCCUAUCAUUAUUGAUGCCGAUGGACUGUGGCUCAUUUCCCAGCAGCCUUCUCUUAUUCAAGGCUACCAGCGAGCUAUUCUUACUCCAAACUAUAUGGAGUUUAGUAGACUGUAUGAAGCCAUGCUUAGAGACCCCGUAGACAGUAGUGAUCAUCAUGGAUGUGUAUUAAGACUCAGCCAAGCCAUGGGGAAUUUGACAAUUGUUCAAAAGGGAGAAAGAGAUCUUAUUUCAGAUGGAGAGAAAGUACUUGUAUGCAGUCACGAAGGAAGCAGCCGGAGAUGUGGUGGACAGGGAGACCUCCUUUCUGGUUCUCUUGGAGUCUUAGCGCACUGGGCAUUUCUUGCUGGAGCAGAAAAAACGAAUGGUCAAAAUCCAUUUCUAGUGGCUGCAUUUGGAGCUUGCUCUCUUACGAGGCAGUCUAACCACCAAGCCUUUCAAAAAUUUGGACGUUCAAUGACUGCCUCGGACAUGGUUUCAGAAGUUGGAACAGCUUUUAACAAACUUUUUGAAACCUGAAGCCAAAGCAGCUGAGAGGAAGAAAAGGAAGAACAAUGACUGCAAGAGUAAUUACAUUUACUGUAGAAUUUACAAAAGUAAUGCACCCUUUCAAGUGCUGUAGCAGCAUUGGUAUGCUAGGUAGAUUUUUUUUUUUUAUUUUUAAGAAUAGAAAAAUAUGAUUAAUGUAGAUAUUUUUUAAGAGUUUGGAAUACAAAAAUGGUUUGGCUGAAAUAAGCUGUAGUUGCAGAUCUGUUAUAAUAUAAUAAAACUAAACUGAAAGUAUUCCUCUGUUCUUUUUGAUAGUUAUUGAGCAAUAACUAAAGUGUGAACAGCAAAAAAAAAAAAAAUAAUGCACUUGAUACUUAGAUAAAAAUUCUUCCACCAGCUCAACUGAAUUUUCUUGGAUUGCACCAAGGUUUUCAUGUUUUCAUUCUUAGACCCUCUGUCUAGAUUUAGCUAUUGCACUUCAUUUUUUGCCAUGCUAGUGUAUGAAGAAGCAAAAAGUAAGCCUCUUUGGAAAGGGAAUGCAUGAGAGUUGCUGUAGAUUUUGAAUGUAAUUAGUUGCCUUUUCCCAUUCCCAGUCCCAGAGGCAGCAUUCAUUUUGACAGGACACCCCUUCCUGCAACGUCUUGGUCUUUUUUGUUUUAAAAGGUUACCCAAUCGCAGAAUAAGGAUAUACUGUAGGUAUCUCAGCAUUAAACAGUAAUUAACGCUUACCUGAAAAAAAAUUAUUUUCUACUCCUUUAGCUGGCUUUGACUCAUCUAGAACUUGCUAUGAUGAACUUUGUGAAAUUAUCAUUUGGAGAGCUACUAGGCAGGGUAAGAAACUUAGUGCUACUGGACUGAACUGGCCAAACGCAGUGAUCAUGGAAGAGCAAAGUGCUUUUAAAUCUCCGAUUAUCUGCUGAGUUAGAGCUCUGAGAAGAUGGGCAUACAGGUACAGAGGUGGCUGUUUCUUAACCAGCGGGAAUAUGGCUUGAAAGAGCAAAAGGCAGAUGACAGGGUUUAGGGGCUUUUUGCUUGAUCCUUAUCAAGACAGACAGGACUUCUACUGUUAUGGGCCGUACCCAUCACUGGGGGCUCAUUGGCAGAGCAGGAUAUAAAGGGGUAGUUGUGUAGGAUUUUGCACAGUAUCAUUUCCUAAAUUUUUGGAAAUUCAGUCAAAGCUUGUAGGGAUUGAACCAAUCUGGAGAGAAGGGCAAGUUUGUGCAAAGUACAUUUACAAAACUUCCUGUAAGGUCUGGAAGCGGGCACUGCCCUUAAACCUACAAGCUAGCUCCGAGUGUAUAUACUCACUAAAGCGCAGGAACAAGCACGUAAUGUGUACAGUUACUGCAAUACAUGUUAUAUAUUCAUUGCAGCCACUCUCUUCCAGUGACCUAGCUCUAGACUGGAACCUAGCGUCAUGCCUACUAGUCAGAUUGCAUUCUCCUACCUUGCAGUAGCUGCUGCAGAAAGCACCUGGAAUCAGAAAGGCUGCUCCAAGUAUUUCCCUUCAGCCCUCAUCAUUGAUAUUUCUGGAUGCACUGUGAAUACUACCUCACCCCAAUGCAUUUUUUGUUUUGUUUUGUUUUGUUUUUUUUUUAAAAUGGUUACCUAUUUUUAAAAUAGGUUUUUAAAUGUUUGCGCAUUUUGGUCUAUGAGGGUUCACGGACUUUUUUUAGAUUAGAACAACGUCUACUCAUGAGAGAUGGGUUUUUGGUGUUUAAUUUAAACAGUUUUGUAAACUGUCAACAUCUCUGGGGAAACAGCUACUUUUUUUCCCCUUAAAACUAUUUGAGAAGCCCAACUCCUUUGAAAUAAAAUCAGAACAUUAAAACUGAUUUUAAAACAGCUACUGGAUUUCCUUUAAAAAGAGCAUUUUUUUUUGUAUUUAGAACAUCAGUGGUAUUAUAAUCUAAAUGGCAUUUGUAGGCAAAGUCAAUCAAUUAACAGAGCUCAGUACAGAUUUCAACCUGCCGUGUUGGUUUUAAAUCUAUACAGACGUUGUAACUGUUAUUCACAAAUGUAUACAAAUUGUUACAAUUUUUAAACAUUCUGGAAAUGUAGCAGUUUCUUCUGGUAGGAAAUAAAAAUAAUAGCAAAU